GGAAGCAAAGGCUAACAAAUAGCAACAGAAGAGAGAUGGCUCAGAGGAAAACCAAUGGAAGGAAACUCUUCAUGAUGGUGUUGUACAUGGUGGCAGCGUGCAGUGCCGUCCCCAUCUCUGACCUGCUCGACCGAGCCUCCCAGCGCUCUGACACACUGCACUCCCUCAGCACGAUGCUCACCCAGGACCUGGACUCUCAUUUCCCUCCGAUGGGCCGGGUGAUGAUGCCCCGCCCCUCAAUGUGCCACACCUCCUCUCUACACACGCCCAAUGACAAGGAGCAAGCUCUGCAAGUAUCAGAGGCAGACCUGUUGUCAUUGGCUCGCUCCCUGCUCCAAGCCUGGCGAGACCCCCUUGUAAUCCUUUCCACCUCUGCUAACACCCUACCUCACCCGGCCCAAAACAGCAUAUCCAGCAAAGUCCGGGAGCUGCUGGAGCACACCAAAAGCCUGGGAGAUGGCCUGGAAAUCUUAUCUGGCAAGUUGGGUCCAGCAGCUCAGUCCAUCUCCUCACUGCCCUACAGAGGAGGCAAUGACAUCAGCCAGGACAGGAUUUCCAGACUAACCAACUUCCACUUCUUGUUGUCCUGCUUUCGCCGGGACUCCCACAAGAUUGACAGCUUCCUGAAGGUCCUCCGCUGCCGGGCAGCAAAAUUGCAACCCGAGAUGUGCUAAAGACGGAGGCAGCCAGCUUGACUCUGAGGGGAGAACUUUCAUAAAGCUUGUAUUGUCUACCAGUUAUAGAUAAGCACAUACUAUCUGCUAUCUGAGCUACUAUCCUAAUUGCUAAGUAGUUGGCAUUAUGAGCUUCCAGAAGGUGAAGAUGAAGAGGCGUUGCAUGGCACAAACAGGGAAUUAGUUUUAGUCCCCUAAAAACCUUUGGCCGUCUAAGGGCCCAAAACAUUGACUCCCCCCUUCCAAUUCUCAAAGUGAA